AUGACCAUGCCGCCGAUGGCCGCGAACUAUGUAAUCCGUGGUAACCCCAAAGCGCGCUUAGAAGUGGUCCAGCCGCCGGAAGAAGCAUUAUCAAAAUUGAAUGAUUGUUUGUCGAAGCAGAGGGCCAAAGAUGGCGCUGCUCUCGCGAAGGUCAAAUACGAACUCGACCUUAAACACGCAGAACGCGAGGACAGGGAGAAGCGUAAUGAAUGUGAAGAAGAGGAAUAUAAUGACCGAAAGAUGCAAGCAAACAGGGAAGACAAGUGGAACGGGUUGCAUAGGAUACAUAUGAUGUGGGAGAGCACAAAGAUUCCUAUAGCACGUGCAAAGGGCGAGCGUAUAUUUGCAGAACAUUUUGACGCCGACUAA